UCGGUUAUUCUUCUGCAAUAUUUUUAUUUAAAAAAUAAUAAAUGUUUUUCUCUUGAAUAAAUUAGUUUCGUUUAGCCAUUAUCAAUUCAGAUUAUUCAAGUUAUAAUAAAUAAUAGUAUUGAAGUUGAUUUGUUUGUUAAAAAGUUUGCAUGAUAAUAUAUUAUUCUAAUCAUAGAUUAUUUUUCCGAAAGAUGUACGAUAGUGUAGCCAGACCCAAUACUUCAGCUCAGUCUUCAUUGUUGAAUUUUUUCACAGCCCCUUUAUUCUUGGUUAUGGUCCAGUUGUACAUCAGCAGUAGCUAAGCAUUGCCGACAAGAAGAAUAAUCAAAUCCGAUGCUGCAUCUCUGCAACAAUUAAUUUAUCAUUUUAUCAUCGAUAGUCUAAUAAGAUAAAGAGUUCUUUAUUAAUCAACAAAUUGAAAAUAUUUCUCCAAUAUUUGCUGGAAGUCGCUAAUUUUCAAAAAUCAGAGAUGCCUUCCAGUAAUGCCGGAGAAUGUAGUAGUAUGAAUAAUUCAUAUGAAUGUGGGGGAGGAGAUGGGUACGAGGAGAGAUUCACGCGUCUUUUCAACGGCAGCAUUGAGAAUGACUGUGAGUUCAUAGUGGGUCCUCAAAAGACUUCUAUAAAAGGCCAUAAGCUAUUAUUUUCCAUGGCCAGCGAAGUUUUCCAUGCUAUGUUCUACAGCCAGCUAAGGGAAAGCUCAACCAUAGUUAUUGACGACCUAGAUGUCAGUGGAUUCCAAGGUAUGAAACAUUUUAUUUAUACUGGUAACGUGGAUUUCACAUCCGCUCUGCAAGCUUGUUCCACAUUUGUUGCGGCUCGAAAGUAUCUCAUCACUCAACUUAAGGAAAAAAGCAUUGAGUUUAUAUUGAAGCAAAAUAUCUCUCCCUUGGAAGUACUGGAGUUGUAUGAGUUUUGCAAAUACAACAAUGUCUCGGAAAUAGAACAGAAAUGUAUUCAAAGUAUUCAAGAGGAAACUGAGGAUGUGGUGAGAAGCAAAUAUUUUUUGUUGGUUGAUGCUCAUACAAUGGUUGCAAUACUGAAACUCCAUUCCUUGCAUUUACAAUCCGAGUUGGAAAUUUUCAAUCAUUUCGAAAGGUGGGCGAUCGCUGAAGCUGAUCGAUUGAACCUAUCCAAAGACAAAAUUGCAUCACAUUUCAACUGUUUAUUGAAGCACAUACGAUUUUUGGCCAUGAGUUGUGAGGAAUUUGCAUCAGGACCUGCAAAGUCUAACUUGCUAACACAAGGAGAAAAACUAGCAAUUUCGCUAAAUCUAAUGGAUUUUGGAUCAGCAACUUACCCAGAGAAUUUUUCUUUGAUACAGCAAGAACGUGUGUUCAAAUCUCCCGAUGUGGAGGAGAAAAAAUUCAAGCAUACAUUUUUAGUUUCUCUUGAUAAAAAACAGGAGAUGUUGGAGGUGGAUUUCGAUUUCGGUGAGGUAAAAUGGAUUGUAUCUCAGCGAAUCUUUAAAGAAAGUCUCUAUUUCCAAGUUCAACCAGAGAAUCUGGAAAAUGAAGACUUUUUGAUUCGUUCCAGAAUAAAGUUGAGAGUAUUAUCAAGGAUGAAGAAAUAUGAUGAUCUAUGCUUUGAGAAUGAGUGCUUCACCAUUUAUAAUGAGGAAACUGAAUCAGCGUCAGGAAAUAAAUUUGGAAUUUCCUCUCCUGUUAUUCCAUUGAAAAAACUCAAAAAUCUACGUUAUAUGGAAGACAAUAAAGUUAUUAUCGAAGGAACAUUUCUUUUAGAAAGUAUUGAUAACACAGGGGCUGAAAUCAACGAGCCUAAUGUCAAUCAGUGAUCACUUUACGACAAACAAUACAAAUCGAAUAUUUUCCAUACAAAUUUAUACCCAAUGAAAACUUACAGAUCUAGCUGAUUGAUUCCGCAGUUGCAUUAGGUCAGUCACUUCAACAGGCUUAUCUUUUUGUUGGCAAAUGAAAUGAGUCAAUUAGUAAAUCCUUUAUUUAUUAAGGCUA